GUUCCGGUUGGAUUUUUCUGCAAUGGAGUGGAAGGAGGUGAAUAGCUUGGGUGACCAUGUUCUGUUUAUUGGCACCAAAGGCACAGCUGUUUGCUCUGCAGCUGAGGUAGGGUUUGCAAAGGGUUGUUUGUAUUUUACACUUGAGGAGAAUCAAAGUUUGUGCAAAUUUGAAGUGGAAAGUACCAGUAAUUCAGCUAUUUUGCCGUGUCUAAAUCUGCCAGCACCUUGGGGUUUGGCGGAUUGGAUCAUGAUCCCUAAUGGACGAAAAAGGGAGGAUGAUAUGGAGGGUAAAGAUGAAGCAGAGAAGAACGUAAUAAAGGCAGUGGAACGUGAAGCGCAUGUAUUCAGUAAUGAUGAAGGUGGGAAACAUGUCGGAGUAGAUAACGAAGGAGAUUUAGAGAAACCACGGCCUUGGUAUACGCUUAUCGAAGACAUGGUGGAGUCUAUCGCAGACUGUCUCCAUCGAUUGGAUUAUGCCCAUUUUCGUUCAGUCUGUAAAGCAAACUUGGCACUAAUGCCAAUGAGAAAGCUUACAUCCACUUGUGCCACUAGAGGCACAUAUCCAUCUCCUUGGCUGAUGUUCAGUAGAGAUCACGGAUGCGCCAUCUUCGAUUUCGUGAACCCAAUGCAUAAUAAUGAGAAAUACUUUCUGAACCUCUCGGAUCUAGUGGGUUCUGUUAUCCGUUUUCAAAAGGGAGGUUGGCUACUGAUGUCUAAGGAGGAUCAAGAAACUAGUUCACUGUUCUUUUACAAUCCCUUCACAAGGGAAACCAUCAAACUUCCGCAAUUGCCGUUUGAUGAGAUAUAUGGCUGUUCAGGUAUCUCCUUUUCCUCCUUACCAACUUCGUCAGACUGUGCAGUUUUUGCCAUUGAACGAAAAGGGAUUGAGAAAAUCUCGUUCUACUUCAUUAGAAAGGGAGAAGCAUUUUGGAGUUCUUUUGUCUUUGGUAAUGCUGAUACCGAGAAGUACAUCCCAUUGCAUAACGCUCCAGUUAUAUGCAAUGGUGUUUUCUACUGUGUAGAUUAUAAUGGAGCUUUAGGUGUAUUUAACAUAGAGGAUAAUAGUUGGAAAGUUCUGGAGAAACCCCAUCAACAAUUUGGUGCAAUGUAUCCAAGUUUCCUGGUAGAGUGUGGAGGAGAGCUUGUCUUGGUGAAAUUAGAACGCUACGGAACUUUGUUUGGGAUAUUUAGACUGGAUUUUGACAAGAUGCAAUGGAUAAGAGUUGAAAGUCUAAGAAAGCAUAUGCUAUUCGUCAGCUACACCUCAUGUAUCUCAGCAAUUGCACCAACUAGUCGCAUGGAGAACAGAAUGUCUGGGUCUCCCUCCGAAUUUGUUUUUAACUCAGGUUGCGAAGUCAAAUUCUGGGAGGAUGCCUGGCUUUGUAAUGUUGCUCUGAGAUUAUAUGCAGUAGAUUAAAAGGUAAAUCCGUUUUAGAAAUUGCAAAUUUGGAGGAUGGCCUAGGUAUGCUCAACUGGACUCUUGCAGCUCCAAGAAGAUUAAGUUCAUAGUUUUGGGAGAAGUCGUAUUUAUUCUGUUCAACAACCAGACAGCAAAAAUAACUUGGCAGUUGCAAACUCAGUGUCCUUAACCGAAGGAAAAUAGGAAACAUCAACAACAUUAUAAAAACGCUCUGUACAGUUGAGUUUUCUUCUCUGCAAUAUUUGUUUUCUCUUUUGAGGUUGUUGUUUUUGAUUGAAUUUGGUGCAAUGGCUGCAAGAAUAGGAGGACCAGCAAUAGGAAUAGAUUUAGGAACAACAUACUCCUGUGUAGGAGUAUGGCAGCAUGAUCGGGUUGAGAUUAUUGCUAAUGAGCAAGGAAAUCGUACUACUCCUUCUUUUGUUGCUUUUACUGAUUCUGGUCAUCGUUUGGUUGGCGAUGCUGCUAAGUAUCAAGCCUCUAAG